GAGAACUUAAUGAAGGUGCUGAUAAGGAGAUGACAGGCAUUGAGAAGAUGGAGUCAAAGCACAGGGCUGAAGGAAAGAAUAGGCCCUUUAGGGUCAUGUCUGCUUUCUGACCAAGAGCAGUGCUGAGCUCGGAUUCAACUACUCUGUGAUCAAGGAGCUCCUCUGGACACCUACCUGUGCACCCGAGGCCAGUGGCCUCACAGGAACAAGACAUUCAGGACAGGAAGCACGGUGAGAUCUGAGGGUGUGUCUGUUCCAUGGAGAAAUGCUGCAGAGCCCAACCUCCUGAAGAAAACCCACCUCGGUCCAGUCCUUCAUUCACAGUGCAAUGGCGGUCGAAGCAGCCCUGGCAGGACUCCAGGCAGAAGCCAACUGUCCCAUCUGUCUGGAUUAUCUGAGAGACCCUGUCACAAUCGAAUGUGGCCACAACUUCUGUCGAUCUUGCAUCCAACAGUCCUGGGAAGACCGCUGGGACAUGUUCCUUUGCCCCGUCUGCCGUCACCCGUGCCAACAGAGGCACUUCAGAAGCAACGCCCAGCUGGGAAGGAUGAUCGACGUCACCAAGCUCCUCCACAUCACCAGGAACAAGAAGAAGAGGCAGGAAGAGAGGCGCUUGUGCGAGAAGCACAACCAGGUCCUGACCCUCUUCUGUGAGGAGGACCUGGAGGUGUUGUGUGCCCUGUGCACUCAGCCCCCUGACCACCAGGGCCACCAGGUGAGGCCCCUGGAGGAGGCCGCCUCUCAUCACAGGCAGAGACUCAGCAGUUACAUCGAGCCCCUGAAGAAGCAGGUGGCAGAUGUUCAGAAAUUAAUAAGCAUUCAAAGCAAAAAGCCCUUGGAACUGAGAGAGAAGGUGCAAAAUCAGAGACGGAAAUUAGCCUCUGAGUUUGAGCACCUGAACCGGUCUAUAGCACGUGAGCAAGAGGCGGUUCUGGCAAGGCUGGCUGAGGAAGAGAGGGACAUUCACCGGAAACUCAGUGCAAACAUUACCGCAUGUUCAGACCACAUUUCCACCCUCAGAGGCCUACUGAAGGAGGUGGCAGAGAGGUGCGCGAUGUCUGAGGUGAGACUGCUGACUGACAUCAGGAGCAUCCUCCACAGGUGCGAGCGCCUGGACCCCCCAGCUCCCUACUCGAUUCAGUUAAGGAAAGAGGGAUGCAGCCUCCCUCUGCAGUAUUCGGCUCUGCGGAAAAUUAUUCAGAAAUUUAAAGAAGAAGUUACUCUGGAUCCUGAAACAGCACAUCCUAAUCUGCUUGUCUCUGAGGACAAAAAGGCUGUGACAUUUGUGAGGAAAAAGCAAAGAGUUCCUCGCAAUCCAAAGAGAUUUACAGUGGAUCCAGUUGUCCUGGGUUCUGAAGGGUUCGACUGUGGCCGACAUUACUGGGAGGUCCAGGUGGAUGACAAGCCUGCGUGGGCCGUGGGGGUUUGUACAGAUUCCCUUUCCAGAAAGGGAAAGCGGCCCCCUUCAGGACACAGCAGACGCUGGACAAUUCAGCUGCAGAAUGGUGACUAUGUGGCACAAGGCGCUGUUCCUGUCCCUCUUGUGCUGAAGGAAAAGCCCAGAGGGGUUGGCAUUUAUCUGGACUGUGAGUUGGGUAACAUUUCAUUUUACAGUUUGAAUGACAGGUCUCACAUCCAUUCUUUCACGGAUACAUUUUCUGAAGUGCUAAAGCCUUACUUCUGUAUUGGACGUGACUCUCAACCUGUGAUGGUCUGUGCAGCGAGAGAUUAUGAAGGAUGAACAGUGACUCUGCUUCCUUUUCUUCCUGUAGUUUAUGUACAGUAGGUAGAAUAUUAUACAACUGUCAGUGAAUCUAGCACCAAAAAUUUUUAAAAAUCACUUCUAUGACUUGAGCACAUGAGUAAUGUUUCUGCAUGUAUCAGGAGUAAGGUACUCACUGCUCCACACUAUAUUUUCAAGGAUGUUUUUAUGGGAAACACCUUCAAAGAUAGAGAUGGCAUCUCCAUCCAGACUUUCAGGACUCACGCUUCUCUCUUCUCUUUUUCCCCACACCUGGGAAAAGCUGAUGAGAAAGCAUGGGUGCUCCAGCCUUUGGUGCAGGUGAGAAGUUCAAACCAAACAAGACCCUAGUCGUGCCAGACCCUCCCAACAGCCCCACCCAGUAACCACCAUAAACACUUCAGGCUAGUCUCCCAUCCCUGGGCCCUCAAGUCAUUUUGGACCUUCUUGGGUAACCACCCUGCUUUCCCCAUAAACCUCAUUAUAUGAGCAAUAAAC